GAGGCACAUGGGCUUCGUGUUCUCAGUCUCCUCAGGCCUCCUUCGUGGCCUCAGUCUCCUGGUUGGCAGAGUGAGGGAGUCCUAAUGCUGCUGAGCUCCUCACAGGGGUGUGGGCGGGCUGAGUUCCACUGUUCCCGUGAAGCGCUCGGCCAGGGCCUGGCGUACGGUGAGCAUCUAAUUUGUGGGAGCCGUGGUUUUGCGGCUACUCUUCUCUGGAGAGAAUAAUGGGAAUAAUGAGCCCUGUCCAUCCCCCAGCCACUUCCGAGUGGAUCCAGUUCUUUAAGGAAGCCGGCAUUCCUCCGGGGCCUGCUGUCAAUUACGCUGUGAUGUUUGUGGAUAAUAGGAUCCAGAAGAGCAUGCUGCUGGAUCUCAACAAAGAGAUCAUGAAUGAGCUGGGCGUGACUGUGGUGGGCGACAUCAUUGCCAUCCUCAAGCAUGCCAAGGUGGUGCACCGUCAGGACAUGUGCAAGGCUGCCACUGAGUCAGUGCCCUGCAACCCCAGCCCCAUCCCAGGCGAGAUCCGCCGAGGCGCCUCUAGCGCCGCCUCUCGAAUGAUCGCCAACAGCCUGAACCGCGACUCCCCACCCGGCACUCCCCCCAGGCGGCCGGACACCAGCACCUCCAAGAUCUCGGUCACUGUGUCCAACAAGAUGGCAGCGAAGAGUGCCAAGGCUGCCGCAGCCCUGGCCCGCCGGGAGGAGGAGAGCCUGGCUGUCCCCACCAAGCGGCGCCGGGUCACGGCCGAGAUGGAGGGGAAGUACAUCAUCAACAUGCCCAAAGGCACCACCCCCCGGACCCGCAAGAUCCUGGAGCAGCAACAGGCGGCCAAAGGUCUCCAGAGGACGUCUGUGUUUGACCGCCUCGGCGCUGAGACCAAGGCGGACACGACGACAGGCAAUAAACCCACAGGAGUUUUCAGCCGCCUGGGGGCCACCCCAGAGAUGGAUGAGGAUCUGGCUUGGGACAGCGACAAUGACAGCAGCAGCUCUGUCCUGCAGUAUGCUGGGGUCCUGAAGAAGCUGGGCCGGGGCCCAGCCAAGCCCAGUCCCCAGCCGGCACUGACUGUCAAAGCCAAGGCCACAAGCUCGGCCGCGACGGCCGCCACCCCGACACUGCGGCGCCUGGCCCUUUCCUCACGCCCGGGGCUCGAGAGGAAGCCGGAGUCCCUGUCCAAAGUCAGCAUCAUCCAGAGACUGGGCAAGGCUGCCCUUGUGCCCGAGGCCCAGGACAGCCAGGUCACGAGCACCAAGAGUAAGUCCUUGGCCGAGGUCAAGGUCACCAUUAAAAGGACUCUGGUGGGGCCCCGGGGGAGCAGCUCCAGCGAGGGCCUGGGCGCCCAGAUGGACCAUGCGGGCACAGUGAGCGUGUUCAAAAGACUGGGCCGCAGGACCUUCUAGCCUCUGGGCGGGGCACGGGCCCCUCUCUAGGCUCCUGGCUCUGGCAGAGGCUCCCGUGAGGCCAUGCCCAGCCCUCUGCUGGCUCCUGGAUGACACUGCUUGUCUCCCUCAGGCAUUCGAGCCGGCCCGAGCUUUCUGGGGGCUCACCCCAGUGUUCUGAGUCUGACAUGGUCGCUGUGGCCUGGCCUUGCUGCUCUAGGACUUUCCUUUUUCACGUCCUUUGUUCUCUUCUCUCGGACUGUGGCCUUUGGCAGGACCCACUUUUCUACCUCUCCCAGAGCCAAGUGCUCUUUUCCCUCCUCUGUUCCCCCUCCUGCCCCUCGGCAGCAUCUGCUGCCUCCGCCCCAGCUCUCCGGCCUCCCCAGUCCCCCACAGAGUCCCCCGACCUUACCGACGUCCCGACUUCCCCUCGCUCCUCUGCCCCCUCCCCCAGCUGUCCCCCCUCCCCACGGCUCCUUUAACUUCUCUGUCUCUCCCUCUCUUCACACUGUUCAUUUCUCUUCUGUUUUCUGUCCCCGUGGCAAGGCCCGACCGUGCGCUGCGUCCUGCCUGACCCUCCUGCACCUCCGGCCUCCCAGCGACCCCCUCGUCGGCGGUGGCGUCGAGCCUGUAGAGACUGUUAGCUGCCCUCACGCCCGGGCUGGAGGGACCUCCCCCGACCCUGGGCUGCAGCGGGGGCACCUCUGUUUUCCUGCCCUGGGCACCUUUUCCUCUGAAAGCCCGUGGUGGGUGGUGGGCAAGCGUCGCUGGGAAGGGAGGCCAGUACCAAGAGAAAGAGAGAGAAGAAAACAGCUAUUUUAAUAUAUUUUUGUGACUUUCAAACUGUUUCCCUCCCCUCCUUCAGGGUGAGUCACAGGGUUGUUUUUCACACAAAGCACAAUGUAGGUGGGGGUGCCAAUGAAGGGUUGGGCUCUGUCCGUGAAGGUCAAGGCUCCACGUGGGCCAUGUCUUUGCUGCAGGGAGUAAUGGUCACGGUCACCGUUCAGUUGGACUUCCUCUUCCCCUCACCCAGCUCCUCUUCUGCCACUGUGUCCUCCCCCUCCGUAUAGUUCACCUGUUUCUGCCACUCUGCCUGUUGGUAGCUUUCCAAGCUGCAGGCUCCCUUGUGAGGCAGCAGGUUGCUGUCGAUCUGAUCAUACACCUGCUCGCUGCUGCACAGCCCCCUACUCCGUGCCAGGCCUGUUCUAGGAACUGGGGACCCGUUGGGAGCGAGGCAGACAAGCCCCUGCCUGCGUGGCCGACCUCUCUAGCCAGGCAGAUGGCGGUAGGGGGAUCAUGCUGUCGAAAGAAUGGGUGGGAGGGGCAGAAGUGGCCAGGGCCUCUUCCGAUGUUGGGGGUAAGGAGGACUUUCAGAGGAGGCGAGGUUAAGGGCUGAGCUGGGAAUGGUCAGAAGCGGCUGUGUGAGAUGCAGGAGGAGAGAGGGUCCAGGGAGGGGACACAGCCAGGGCAAAGGGUCUGAGGUCGGAGGAGCAAAGAACAUGAAGGCCGGGGCGGGGCGGGGGGGGCUGGCCAGGGAGUGAGGGGCCUGCCCCAGAGCACCGGUUGGGGUAGGUGGGCAGGGACCGGAUGACCUGGGGCUUUGUGACCCGAGGUGAGGAAUUCGGACAUCUUCCAGAAGCCCUGAGAAAUUUGGGAGGGUUUAAAGCUGGCAAGCGAUGGUCUGAGUUGGCUUUUAUGAAGAUGGCUUUGGCCCCCCCCGUGAGGGGAUGAAUUGUGGGGAGGGCAGGGGUGGAGGCAGGGAGGCAGCCAUGCAGGAGCCAGGGCAAGGAAGGAAGGUGGCGUGGGGCGAAGCGUGGGGAGGAGGGAGGGAAGCGUGGGCAGCGCAGAUGGAUGGGAAGUUGGGGUGCAGGGGGCGGGGAGCAGGGAUCACCUAGAGGAGGGGCCGGAGCAUCUAGCUGGAGGUGCUGUUUGUGGAGACUGAGAGGUUGGGGAGGGAGGAGGCGAGGGCAGGAGGGCGCUGGGCUGCUGGGACUCGGGGGGGGGGGGGGCUGGCACCUGGGCUGGGGACCUGCAGCUUUGGGGAGCACUCAGGGAACUCUGUUCAAAGCCAAGGGCCUGGUGAUACCAGCUGGAGAGGAGCAUAGAGGCAGGAGAGGACCCAGGAGGGAAUUGGGGGCGCUUUUCUCAUUUAGAGAAUAGAACUGAUGUGAUUAGCAAGGAAUGGGCUGCAGUUUGGGCGACCUAAGAGCAGGUGAGGAUGAGAUGAGACUUCACCCAUUUUUUUUUUUUUUUUUUACUGCGGUGAAAUAUACAUGAGUGACCAUUUUAACCAUCUGUAAGGGCCCCGUCCAGUGGCAUUAAGUACAUUCCUGUUGCUGUAUAACCAUCACCACCAUCCGUCCCCAGACCUGUGUCACCUUCCUGAGCCGAUUGUCUGUUUAUUUGUGGGUUUUGAGUCCUGGCACGUCCGGGGGGCUGCUGUGUAUUGGGCAGCAGGCCAAGCACGGGGCCCGGAGUGUGAAGGGCUGGGCGUCACUGUGAGGGCCGGUGGUAGGGCCCAGGCAAGGCCUGCGGGGCACUGCGUGAAGUCAGGCCUCUGGAGGGCAGUGCACGUGGACAGUGGUGAUUCUGGAGGCUGCCCCUUCGUGGUGGGGCUUGCAUGCCUCCGCACUUUCCUUGUUGCUCUUCAACUCUGUGUUACUAAGUUUAAGAGCCCUGGGUAAGUUCUUCUUCUUCUUCUUUUUUUUUUUUUAAAGAUUUUAUUUAUUUAUUUGAGGAGAGAGAAACAGCAUGACAGGGGAGAG